AGAACCGGGGGUCCCAGCUGAGCCGGGGGUCCCAGCGGAGCCGGAGCCGGAGCCGGGGGUCCCAUGGAGGCCGAAGGCUUCGCCCUCUGCCCCGCGCCCGCCCUGCAGACCAAGGUGUUCCAGUACCGGCUCUGGGACGUGAACCAGAGGUCGCUGUACCUGCGCGAUGGGCACCUGGUGGCCGGGCACCUGCAGGGCGCCAACGCCGCGCUGGAAGAGAAGGUGUUCUGGGUGCCCAACCGCGCCUUCGAGCCCGCCCGGCUGCCGGUGAUCCUGGGCAUCCAACACGGCUCCCGCUGCCUGAGCGCACAGAGCGGCCCCGGCGGACAGCCACGGCUCAGCCUGCAGGACGUGGACAUCCGGGAGCUGCCCCGCGCCGGGGACAGCGCGGCCGCCUUCACCUUCUUCCGCUCCUACCGGGACGGGCUGUGGCGCUUCGAGUCGGCCGCGCACCCCGGCUGGUUCCUGUGCACGUCCCCGCGGGGCCACCAGCCCCUGGCGCUCUGUCGCCACCGCGAUGUCACCUCCAACCUGCUCGACUUCUACUUCCAGCUCUGCUGAGCCCCCUCCACCCCCCUGCGCGGGGACAGCCCAGCCCCAGGGAUGGUGACAUCCCCCUGGGGAGGGUGACAUCCCCCUCGGGAAGGUGACAUCCCCCUGGGGAGGGUGACAUCCCCCUGGGGAGGGUGACAUCUUCCUGGAAAAGGUGACAUCUUCCUGGAAAAGGUGACAUCCUCACCCCAGGGAUGGUGACAUCCGCACCAGGAUGGUGACAUCCCCCUAGAGGGGGUGACAUCCCCCUGAGGAGGGUGACAUCUUCCUGGGGAGGGUGACAUCCUCACCCAGGGAGGGUGACAUGUCCUUGCUCCUCGGUGGCAUCUUCCCCAGGAUGGUGACAUCCCUUCAGGACUGUGACAUCCCCUUGGGGACAAUGCCACCUCCCUGGGGACAAUGCCAUCCCGACCGCGCACCGGUGCGAGAAUAAAGAUGCUGAGGCCA